AUGUCAAGAGUUAGAUGCGACCACUGUAUACUCAACGUUAACAUCGCCAAAUACCAAAAGCAGUCCAAACCCAAUAUUGGUUUUGAGGCGAUGCGGCGGCCACCACUUCCUCCUCCCCCCAUACACCUACAACGUCCCAAACCCUAUGUGUUUCGCGGUCAGAGAUCAUACGCAGAAGUGGUAGCAUCUGAAUGUCGUCUAGAGGAGUUUUCCGGUUCCAUUUGUAGCCUUGUCUUGGUCAAACAUGUUAUGGCUUGCCGCGGUUGGGAAGCCUGCAUACUGUCUGCUGAAGUCAUCAACACGCAACACAUCUCGUCAAUGCCUACUUUACUCAAACUUGACAACAAUGUCAGUGGGAGGAUCUAUUACACGGGUCGUCUCAAAUUGAUGAUUAAGUUCAUAACCCCACAGGACGCUAACGCUUUCAAUUCCAAUGAUGAUAAUUGGAAUAGAUGGUUUUCAUGGCUCAAAAAAGGUUUCAAUGAUAGCAUGGAGUUUGAUAGAAUCACCCGGGUCAACAUAUUCGGAGUUCCGACACGAUUUCGCUCGAAUGACAACUACUAUAAAAUCAUGGAAGGUUUUGGCACCGUAAUUGAGACUUAUGGUGGGAACUGGGAUGCUCUUGACAUAUCAACCGGCCAUAUAUUCUUACUUACCAAAUCUAGGAAAAUGAUAAAUGAGGAAGUCGAGAUUAAAUAUGGUAACAUGUCCUAUCGAGUGGGUAUAGUUGAAUUUUAUAGAGAUUGGUCACCAUUCGAUGUCAUAAUGGGGGAUCAUCAUUGGUUCAAGCACUCUGAGAAUGCUCCUGAUGGGGACGAUGAUGUGUGUUCGGUAAACUCAAUCAGUUCCGCCAGUGAAGAGAACGAAGAGAAUGUCGGGGAUUCGGAUGACGGGGUCUCUGAAACGUGGGUAAACCCUAACACAGAGAAUGAAGAGCCACAAGAAGGUGAGAUCGUCGAAGAACACACCCCCGACGACCUUACGGUGGUGAACGAUUCAAUUACGCCGUUGCAUGUUCCGAUGAAAUCUCCAUCAGGCUUGCCGGACUAG